AUGAAAACCUUCACCAUCCCCAGUCUCGCAGUGCUCUGCCUCGCCAACCUCGCCCUCGCAGACUACACCCUCCACAGCCCGCUCCCCGACCCAACUCUCAAACGGGGCUACCAAUCCUGCCCAAAUACCUACGGCGGAGGAUCAACCAUCUGCGGUGAUCCGCUCACCAGCCAUUCUUGCUUUGAUCCCACGCAGGGCCAGGAUGAAACUUCACUAGCCUGCGCCCUACGCUUGAAUUUCACACUUGGAAUUGAAGUUGGAGUUGGGGUUGGAGUUGGGGUCUCACUUCCCGAGCCUAAUACCCCCUCCUACCCCCCCUCCUAUCCCCCCUCCUACCCCGCCGCUCCAUCCAGCAUCGCCUUGAUCCAUGAGGUAACGGCAAUCCCAUCGUCGUUCUCCACCACAACAACACUAUCAUCCUUCUCCACUGCUACCGUCAGCGUCUCGGAAAUUUCCAGCUCCGCGUCAACGUCUGUCUUCCAAACGUCGGGACAGGGGCUCGUGCAAAAUGAGGCGAACGCGAAUGCGGUAUCGGGUGCUAUGCCUUCGUCGACAGCUUGUGUUCGUCCCACGCGGACGGGCGUGACGCCUCAGCUUACGGCGGCGGGGAACUCUACUGUGUGGGUUGCAGGCGUUGCUGGUGGUGCUACUGCUAGUGGUACUCCUCCACCGACGACGGGUGAUACCGUGCCCCAGGUGCUGCUUACGGGUGCGGCUGGAAGAGGGAGGGCAGAGGGAGUUGGCGGGUUGGUCUUGGUGGUGGGGGUGAUGGGACUAGUGAUGUUGAUUUAG